UCCGACCCAUGAUCUGAGUAACACAAAAACUGCCCAAACACUGGGUUGUUACGUCCGACCCAUGAUCUGAGUAACACAAAAACUGCCCAAACACUGGAAAUGAACCCAAAAAAUUACCCCAAAGGCUCAACCCAGGACUUGGGUAGAAAAAAAGUAAAAGUAGAAAUGCUCUGGUUAACAGAAGUUCACUUGUGCACAAGCAUCUGAGCAUUUCAAGAUCUAAUCAAUGGCUUUUUUAGCCUAAAUAUUCAUCCACAACUGUAAAGCAGACUCUGAAAUGCAGAAAAAUAUUCAACAGUACAUUGGAAUUAAUAAAAUAUCACGGAACUAUAAAUGCAUCAUUUCUGAGAGGCAGAAAAGCAUAUCUGCCCCAAUCAACAUGACACUGAAAACCAUAAUCUCAACAAUGUGAAGCAAAUGAAUAUCAGUAAGCCAGACAGACGCUGUUUAUUUGUAUCUAGUUUUGAUCCUCCUUAUCGGUGUGGCUUAAGACAGAUUUUGAAAAUCCAUUAAUUCCUUGAUGAAAACCAUGUAUACGGACUUGUAUGAUUACAAAGGAUUUGUUGAGAAUGAAUAGAACAUGUACAAUAUGGCUUUUUGUCAAAAAAGGGACAUUGAAUGACUGUGUUUCGGUGAUAAGACGAGAGUCGAGACAUCGCUCAAGUGUUUCUGCUGUUCACACAUUUGAAAUUAAGACUUUUAGCAUCAAAAAUUAUUAAUAUACAACCAUACUGCAUCACAGCAAGCUAAUAAACAAACUGCAAAAAAUGAUAUACUUCUAGUACAAAUAUCUAAACAUUCUUAAAUCAAGAUACGAAGAUAUUAAUGCAUCAAGUUCUUGUUUUAAGCACUCAUUUGGAUGCAUUUUUCAUUAAACAAGUCUUAAUAUCUUCAGUCAUAUUGCUUUCUGGUAAAUGUAUCUUGAUUUAAGAUCAUUUAGAUAUUUGUGCUGGAAAACAAGACAAAAAUAUAUAUUUUUUUUUGCAGUAAUAUUGUUUUUAUGAAGCAUUAGUGCUGGUGUUUUUCCAAGAUUCGCUUUAAAGCAAAACCUGGUUCCCCAAAACACUUUUAAGCAGUAAUAAAGAAAAAAAGGCCCGAUCAGUAUGAAUGCUUGGAUCUCCGAGGGUUAAACAGGUGUGACAUGAAGUAAAUCUCAUGCAAAUGCAGGAGCCGGAGCUGAUCCUCUUGGAGACCCGCAUGCUCUCCGUCCACAUCCCGGCGGAAUCAAAGCACAUUUAUCUUUUAGCACAACAAUGAGGAUUUCUGGCUCUCUGUACGUCUCAUUUGAUACAGUGAAAUCUGAUUUCUUGUCAGCUAAAGCCAGAUUACCUGAAUCUCCUGUGCUCACUAACACCUUCACAAAACUGCCCAGAUUAGGUGGGAUUUUUCAGCCACUUUAUACAUUUUUUUCCCUUCAGCUGUAUAGAGGGAUUAUGUUUUGUCUCCUUCCUUUUAAUCUAUUUGGUAAAUGGGGGUUUGACACAGAGUGGCGAGCGAUCCGGCUCUAUAUGAAUGUGUUCUCCUCUAAAGCCAAUGGCAUUUUGGCUCAGCACCAGGUCCAAAUGUGACGCGAGCCAUGGACGGGAGCAAGAAGCGCUUGGCAUUCACCAUCGACAGCAUUCUGAGCGCUGGCUUUGAGAACGGAGACAGGAGCUUGGAAAACCCUCGUGCUUCGGCUCCGGGAGCCUGUGAGGAGAGACCGACCCCGGAAUCUGCAGCGAGUCGCGAUGAAUCGAUGAAUCAGACGGAGACUCGAUCGCACUGCUGCUUCUGUUCACACUGUGGAGAGAUUCUGCACACGGCCGCCAUUUGGGGUUCGAGGAUGUUUCCAGAGACGUGCUCUGCUGCAGACGCUCAUGGCAGAGAAAGCUUCGGUCAUGUUCAGAGGAGGGUUCGCCGCCACCGGACCAUCUUCACAGAAGAACAGCUGGACGCUCUGGAGGAUCUGUUCCGGCAGAACCAGUAUCCUGACAUCAACACCCGCGAGCAGCUGGCCCAGCAGACACACCUGCGCGAGGAGAGAGUCGAGGUGUGGUUUAAGAACCGAAGGGCAAAAUGGAGACGACAGAAGCGGCUUCCUUUCAGCCUCCGUGGAGCAGAUGACUGGAAAACAGUCCUUCACAGCGACUGACAUGAACAUUAUGAUUUCUGCAUCAUAAAACCCUCCAAAAGACUAUACGAGCUGACAACAGUCUGGCUUUAAAUCCCUUCAUUUAUCAAUUACAGUCAUUUGUUGACACUUGUUUGACAGAGACAAAAUUAUUCAUAGUGUUUAAUAAUUGGACAUUUUUAUGUUAUUUCUUCAUGUUUUAUAUUCAUUUUCAUUCAAACGAUCUUGCCAAUGCAUUAUAAAGAUACAUACAAAAAAUAAAACCUAAUGCAUCCCUAUCACAGACCUAUAAUCAAUUAAACAAUCAACAUUAAAAACACUAUUAUAUCAUUUUGUAUAAGACAGCAUAGAAAUGUUCAGAGAUAGUUUUUUUUAUCUCAUGGAUGACUUUAAAUCUAUUAUUCCAUGUGGCAAAAUGCAUGUUCAUGUAAUGAGGGAAGUUAUGAGUUUGUAAUUUUUAAUGUUGAAAUAAUGUAUUAAAUAUAGCUAAUAAUUUAAAAAUAAAGCAUUGCACUUAUAUAGUGUGAUAUAGCUUUUGUACAAUAGUUCAAUAAACAGUAAUACACAGUAUUGCCAGUCACUUUGUUUUCAUUCCGC